UUGACGUCAUGUGGCGACGGCAGUUAGGGGGGCGGAAACAGGAGGAAGAAGGGGAGGAGCCUGUAGGAGACCUCUUGUGCGACAAUAACACGCGUGUGGCCGAUGUCCGGUCGAAGUCAUGAGUACUAAACACGUGACGUGCCGGUAUUUCAUACACGGCGUGUGCCGAGAAGGUAAUCGCUGCUUGUUCUCACAUGACUUGGCGAACAGUAAACCAUCUAAUAUCUGCCGUUUCUACCAGAAAGGACAGUGUGCUUAUGGAUCCCGCUGCAGAUAUGAUCAUAUUAAAACUUCAAGUUCUCCUGUGGUUUAUUUCCAUCAAGAUGUCCCAGCAGCCGCAGCAGCAGCUGCCACCGCCAUGGUAGAGACUUCUACCACAUCAUCAUCAACUUCUGAAGUGGAAACCCCUCCUGUUGUCUCCAAGACCACCCCACACAGGCGAGAGAAGAAGGCUCUCAUUCUAAGAGAUCGUGAUCUGUGUGGACAGGCAGAAGACAAGACCCGAGUCAAUCCAAUUCAGAGUUUAGACGAUUGCAGUGAUGCACAAGGCGGUGAUCUGGAAGGGAAACCACAUUCAUACCUGGCAGCCAUCUGUACUGGAUUAGAAGAAGUUGAAACAGCUGCCCCUUAUCCUCAAGACCCUCAGCAGCUUUGCCCCUAUGCAGCUGCUGGAACGUGUCAAUAUGGAGAAAGCUGUGUCUAUAUCCAUGGAGAUGUGUGUGAGAUUUGCAGCCUACAAGUACUUCAUCCAUAUGACCAGGAGCAGAGAAAAUCCCAUGAAAAGAUGUGCAUGGCGAACUUUGAACAUGAGAUGGAAAAGGCUUUCGCUUUCCAGGCCAGUCAGGAUAAAGUCUGCAGUAUCUGCAUGGAGAUCGUAUAUGAAAAGGUUUCCCACUCCGAGCGUAGGUUCGGGAUCCUGUCAAACUGCUGUCAUACGUAUUGCCUCUCCUGCAUCAGACAAUGGCGAUGUGCCAAACAGUUUGAGAAUCCAGUUAUAAAGUCGUGCCCAGAAUGUCGAGUCAUAUCUGAGUUUGUAAUCCCCAGUGUGUACUGGGUAGAAGAUCAGUCCAAGAAGGAUGAACUUAUUGAGGCUUUUAAGCAAGGAAUGGGUAAAAAAGCAUGCAAGUAUUUUGAUCAGGGACGCGGCACCUGCCCAUUUGGGGGUAAGUGCCUGUACCUGCAUGCCUACCCUAAUGGAACCAGAGCAGAUCCAGAGAAGCCACGGAAACAGCUUGGGUCAGAAGGCACUGUGAGGUUCUUUAAUGCAGUCAGGCUAUGGGACUUCAUUGAGGAUCGAGAAAAUCGUAGUCUCCCCAGUACGGACGAUGCUGUGACUGAACUGGGUGACCUCUUCAUGCAUCUGUCAGGAGCCGAUCAGCAAGACGCCACCUCUUCUAGCUAGAGACUGUGGGAUUAGUGUAAGGACGGCAGAACUAAGUGUCCUUCCCUCUGAGAAAGUAAAAACUGAGCCACACUGUGAUGUCCUCCUAAUUCUGGGAGUCCCUGUGCUCUGCUCUCCACCUGUAUUGUUCUUACUUCACCACUCAAUAUUUUGUAUUUAGUAAAUAGAAUAAUGUAAAAUAGGAGCCGCCAUAACUUAAGUUGCUCAUAAAAAAUUUGCUAUCAGCUCA